AUGAAGAUUUCCACUGUUGUCACCUACUCACUGCUCGCUUGCCAUGUCUAUGCAACUCCUAUUACGUUCAAGCGUGACAUCCUCCACGGACCCAUCGCACGCUCUUCCAGAUCCUUUCAGCAGAACCGCUCAGAAGAGAUUCAUCAUGGUAAUCGAGCCUCUUACAGCUCAAUCUGGUCAGGGGCUGUCAUUGAUUCGCCCCCAGAAGGCGAGGCUUUCAACAGCGUGUCAGCCAGCUUCGUCAUUCCCAAGCCAAGCAUUCCCGAGGGCAGUCCUCCCAAUAAUUACUACACCGUCGCUGCCUGGGUGGGAAUCGACGGCGACACAGCUUCAAAGGCCAUCCUGCAGACCGGCGUCGACUUGACCAUCGAGGGUGGUCAAGUGUACUAUGAACCCUGGUAUGAGUGGUGGCCAGAUCACUCAUAUACCUUUUCCGAGAACCUUGCCAUCUCUCCAGGCGACGUCAUCAAGGCCACCGUCAGCGCAACUUCGAGCACAUCCGGCUUCGCAACCAUCGAAAACGUCUCCACGGGCAAGCUUGUUACCAAGUAUCUUACUUCUACCUAUGCCCUGGCACAGCAGAAUGCUGAAUGGAUCGUCGAAAACUACAUGAUGGGCCUUGGAGCUUCAGCUCAUCAUACGCCUCUGGCAAACUGGAGCAGCAUUGUCUUUACUGAUACGAAGGCGUCGACUCGAAAAUCCUGGCUAGACGCUUCGAAUGCUACGGCUAUCAACAUGGCGCAAAACAAAACGGUAAUUACGGAAGUCACUAUUGACGGUUCAAGUGUCAUUGACACAUACAUCUUCACAGGCAAGACGCCCAACCUGAAGGCUGAUGACACAGGUUGA